AUGGGGAGCUCACAGCAAGCUGGAUGGUGCAAGAAACCCACAUCACCCACAAACGCAAGAGUUACUUUGAAAGUUGUCAGGAAGACCAUGUACACCAUUGUUCUGCUCACCAUCACUGUGGUCACAGGAGCUACAGGGAACAACAGAGUGUCAGCGACAGUAGGGAACAGCUCUGUGCUCGCCUGCCCUCCCAAAUCAAACAUAACUAUGAUAACAUGGAAAAUAAGCCCCAGGGUUGGAGGCCCCUGCACCUUGGGAUACAGGGCUGAUCAGAACAAGACAGACAGAACAAACUGCAGUGACAGCAUGAACUGGAAAUUCAGACCAGAUCGGAAUCCUACCCUUGAGAUACAGCAAGUGGGAAUAGCCCAUGAGGGAAAUUACACCUGCGAAGUAGUAGCAACAGAAGGGAAUUUCCACAAGACGUACCACCUGACCGUGCUGGUAGCUCCUCCCCCCCGGCUGACCCUGUACUGUGAUGACCACGGGAAUCCCGUGUGCGAGGCAGCGGCAGGGAAGCCGGCUGCUCAGAUCUCGUGGGUCCUAGAGAGCAACUCCACCCCCAAGGAAGAAGGCCAUGACAACGGGACGGUGACAGUUCUCAGCAAGUUCACAGCAUACAGCACCAACGUGACUAACACAACCUGCAUUGCGUCCCACCCAGCUGGGAACCAGAGCAAGUCCAUAGCCUGUCGUCCCUCAAAGAACAGCGGCUUUAUCCUGCAUGUCUCCGCCAUUCUUUGUUUCCUGAGCAUUAUCACCUUCAUGGCUGUCAUUUACUAUUUUAAGCUCCACAGAAAGGAGAUGGAUGUAGUGGUCUUCCCUUCCACCAAUAGGGCUGAAUGGAAAUGCAGGAUUAUUCAGAAGUUCAUGACAUAUAAAGAUGUCAAUGGUAUGAUCACCCAGAUCUAUGUAUUGUAA